AUGUCCCGAGAGGUGGCAGGCUCAUGCCGCCUGGGCUCCGGGGCGCGGGCGCGGGCGCGGAAGCCCAAGAAGCCACACUACAUCCCGCGGCCCUGGGGCAAGCCCUACAAUUACAAGUGCUUCCAGUGCCCGUUCACCUGCCUCGAGAAGUCGCACCUCUACAACCACAUGAAGUACAGCCUCUGCAAGGACUCCCUCUCGCUGCUGCUGGACUCCCCUGACUGGGCAUGCCGCCGUGCCCCGGCCGCGCCCCGGCCGCUGGAGCCCGCCACGGACUGCCCCCCUGACCCCCCUGACCCCACAGACCCGGGCAGGCGGCCCCGAGCGGCUCAGCUCCCAGAUGCUCCCGCCACGCCCGACCUCGUCGUCACUGACCUUCUCUCCCUGCACCGCUGUGUCGGGAGCCCCAAGCCAGAGGCUGAGGAGUCCCCAGGGACACCUCCCCCUGCAGCCAAGGAUGCCCACAAGGCUGUGGGCCUUGGAGGGCUGCUGGCCGAGUCCUGGAAGCCAGGGCUGGGCGGGGGCCCCAGGAGCACGGCUGUGGCAGGCGCAGCCGCAGUGGGUCCGGAGAGCAGCGCCCCCUGCUACCCUCCGCCCGCCUCCAGCGAGCUCCCCGAGGCCCAGAGCUUGCAGCUGUCCCUGCUGGGCGUCAACUACCCUCUCGGCCCCAGCCUCUUUUCCUACCUGGGGCCCUCCCUGGCCACGGCGGCCCACAUGCCCUUCCUGGGCUCAGCCAGCCCCCUGCUCCCCACAGCCUCGGCCUUCCCCGCCCUGCAGCCCCUAGAGCGCCCCACCCCUCUCCCCCGCCUCUACUACCCUCUGCUCCUGGAGCACAGCCUGGGGCUGCCGGCGGGCAGGGCUGCCGCCCCUGCCAAGGCUCCUGCUCCCCCCAAGGGACCCCCGGGGACUCUGGCCCCCGGGCUGUUAAAAGUGCCAGUGCCUGGGCUGGGGGGGCCCUGGACCUGUGGUGCCCCCAGGGGCCCAGGGCAGGAGGGAGGGCUGGAGCUGGCUGCCCAGAGUGACCCCAAGAGGAAGCUGCCCCCGGGAAGCAGGCUGGAGCCGCCGAAGGCUCCCUCCAGCUUGGCCAGCUUUGGUUCCCAGAGCAGCCUGCGGAAUGGCCCCUCCGUGAUUCUCUGGCCGGAGGACAAAGAGCCCGGCGCCCUGGAGAUCCCGCUGCCCCAGCAGCCGCCGGGCCUGGUGCUGGGGGGCCCCGGGCACGUGUGUGAGGACCUGAGCCGGGCUCUCGGCGACUAUGCUAGGGUGGAGCAGCGCCUGGGGCAGCUGGCACCUGCCAGGGGCCUGGCCCCGCGGCCUCUGCGGGAGCAACUGGGCAAGAUCCGCAGGGAGCUGCUCACCAUCCACCAGGUGCUGGAGCAGGCCGCGCGGCCCCCAGACAUGCCGCUCGACCUCUCGGUGAAGCGGACGCCGCCCAAGGUGCCUGAGGCGUCCUCGGGGUCCUGGGGGCAGCCGGAGCCGGGUUCUGUAUUGGCCCAGGGAACCCCUGAGCCAGCCAGGAUGCUGGGCCCCGCGGUGGCCGAGCCUUUCUCUAGCCAUACCACCAAGUGUGAGGCUGACUCCAGUGUCCCUCCCCCGGGGCUCCCCCUCCCAGCCCCCGAUGACCCUGUCAUUCCCGGCAGUAGCUGGGGCCCCCGGGGCAGGGUGGGGGGCUCCUGGCCUCCGGAAGCUGCCUCUGGCCUGCAGAGCUCCCCAGGGGCCGAGGUCUGA